AUGGAUGAACUUUUUGACUUGUUUCAUACCAUCUCAGCCGACAUCAUGAUAACAGAAAAUCUCAUUUUAUUUGACCAACUUGUUAAUGACAUUCUUAAUAAUAAAAAUAAGGAGAAUAUCUUGUCAUUGGCCAUUGAUCUAGGAACGAAGUUUCUAUUACAGUCAACAGUAGAACCAAAGAAUAGUUUGAUAACUAUCCGUAGAAAUCAUAUGGAGGGGUCCAAUAUUGACAUAACGGCCCAGAACUUGGAAAUGUAUUUGCAGAAAAACCUACAAGAUAACGUAUUCUGCGAUAUCCCAAACUUCUGGGACUGUUUCUUUGAAGAAAAGGAUUGGACCGAUCAGGCUUCUCGUAUAUGGGAAAGCUAUGAAAAGUAUGAGAUUGCUGAGAAGAAUAAAAGAUCGAAGGAGCUAAAAGGAAAAAAAACCGCAAAAGGUGUCGAGGAACAGAAAUGUCUCCAUAGAGACAAGGAAGAGAAAAUCCUUGAAGAAGGCAUGACUGAAAGUGAGAUAUGGGACUGGCUCACCUUCUUUGAGGAGAAUUUCCUAAGUCAGCUCAAAGGUCGCACAACAAGAUCAACAAAACACCCCAUAGUCAUCGAAGAUAAGGGCUCCCUUCUGCGAGGGCGAUAUUGUCGCACAAAUAGGACGCAACGUGCUCAGGAGUCUACGGGUACUACUCAGAUUGAUUUUCUGAUUAAAAGUAUUGACUUUCAGAAUGAUGAUGCAAAUUGGGAAAACGUGAAUGUGGUGGGUGGGCUCACAAGAUCACCCAGUGAAGCUAUAAGAAAGGAAAAAUUUCUACAGCUAUCGAGAUAUACCCGUGAAGUAUACUACACUCAGCCCCUGCGACGGUUUAUGCACGGGUUUCUGAUGUUUAAAGAAGGAUUUGAACUCUGGAUUUUCGAUCGCUCGGGUGCUCAUAGCUCGGGCAGAAAGAGUAUAAUAGAUAGGAAGGGGAUUUUCGUGCGAGCAUUAUGCUCGUAUUUGUUGAUGAGCGAUGAGGAACUUGGUCGUGACAUGUCAGUCCUGCGAAAAAAUGGACAACCCACAGCAAGUUUCACAGGGAGUAAUGAUACGUCAGACCAAUUAGUAGAGAUCAAACCCAAUCAUGUCUUGCAACUAAGGAGCCAAAUCAAUCGAGCCACAGCCUGCUAUGAAACGAAGAACAAAUCAUCGAUGAUUGAGCCCUCGUGGAGCAAGUCUGAAGAUAAUGCUGAAGAUCAAUUUUUGAAGGACGCACUCCCAGUACCAGGUGUCGUGAAAUUUAUAACAUCACAGUUUGUACAUCAGACUAAUAGACAACUUGAAAGCUUCAAUAUUUCCUGCUCGAAGCCCUGGGAUUUGAAGGCUGAAGACAAUACUAAGUUCCGCUGCUCUAAUUACCAUGAAUCGACCCUAUCGCCCUUGAAGAGGAAUUGUUUUCUCUCCAGGACUGUAAUGACAUCAGGCGGCAGAAAAAUUGACUCGAGCGGGUCAAUCUUUGCUUUUGUAGCCGGAAUCAGAGAUGCGAUCAAGGCUCACCAGGGGCUUGUCGAUAUAAGUAUCCUACAUGGAGAUAUCUCGGCAGGGAACAUCAUCCUGAAAGAUCCAACUACAGAUGAUGAUUCCCAUGGUAUGCUGAUUGACUUUGGUUAUUCCGUGAAGAUGAAAGGAAACAUCGCUGUAGAUGAAGAACUGUUCUUAACAGGCGCCAUGAAGUUCAUGGCAAUUGAAAGAUUAAAAUACGCUGCACAUUCAAAGCCAUUGAUCCGACGAACUUAUCGUCAUGAUCUAGAAUCAUUCUUCUAUGUGUUUCUCGCAGGAUGCAUAGAGUACGAAUUUGUAACUGAGGGGAAGCCUCCAAAUCUGGAUAAUUGGUGUGAUGGUGGAAUUAAGGCUUGCUACUCGGCUAAACUUACUGAUCUUUUAGAUCUUGAAAUGCUUCUCGAUAAGUUCACGCCCAGUUUCGUGGAACUUAAGGAGCUAGUAAAGAGCUUAGCAAAAAUUCUGUUUAAAAAUGGAAAAUUUUUCGCAACACCUGAAGAUCGUGGUUCAAUGUACAGGAGAAUGAUCAUGGCUUUUGACGAAACUAUCGAAGACAUAACAGGUAAGAUAUAUUUAUGA